GCGCUUGUCCCAACGACGUGUGCCCUCUAUUCCUGCAAGUCUACGCGGUCCAUUUGUUCACCUCUAAGAAGUACUUAUACUCAGUUGCGAGGAGCAAGGCAAACGACCUCAUUCGAUUAUUCGACAUUUUUCCAAGAGCAAGUGGAGAAGCAGCAAGCUAAUGCAACUUAUCGUGUAUUCCGACAAAUUCUCCGAGACACUAAACGAUAUCCCUUUGCGGAUGACUUCUCAACUGGAAAGUGUCAAACCAUCAACGUGUGGUGCUCAAAUGACUACCUUGGUAUGAGCAGACAUCCCAUGGUUCUGGAGAGCGCUAGGAAUCGUAAGUUGUUGGGGCUGGCGAUGAUAUUCCUGAAAAGCACCUUAAUCAAUGAGUCUAAGCAGGUGUUUUCAUUGGCAUCAAGGAACGCGAUAAACAGGUUUGGAAUAGGGUCUGGAGGAACCCGUAACAUCUCCGGCAACACUCUGCUGCACGAAGCAUUGGAGCAUGAACUGGCCGACCUUCAUGGUAAGGAGGCAGGUCUGGUCUUCACCAGCUGUUUUGUUGCCAACGAGGCUGCUCUCUACACACUGGGUACGUUGAUGCCUGGCGUCAAGUUUUUCUCCGAUGCCGGCAAUCACGCCUCCCUCAUCCACGGCAUACGCACUAGUCGGGCGCCCAAGUACAUCUAUGGUGAGAAUGAUGUUGGUCAACUGGAUGAAUUAAUGCAGCAGCAUUCAACACAGAUCGAGCCCAAGUUAGCAGUUUGUGAGACUGUGCAUUCAAUGAAUGGUACCAUAGUUCCACUGAGAGAAUUCCUCGACGUUUGUGAGGCGCACAACGCCCUUUCUUUUGUGGAUGAGGUCCAUGCUGUGGGCCUCUACGGCGAUCAUGGAGGUGGAGUCGCGGAGGAGCUUGGUUGUAUGCAUCGUAUCGGCGCCAUCACUGGUACUUUGGGCAAGGCUAUUGCUAGCAUCGGCGGCUAUCUGGUGGGGGAUAGGGCGCUGGUCGACGCAGUGCGGUGCUACGCAGGUGGGCUGAUAUUCACAACCUCAUUGCCGCCACCAGUAGUGGCAGCAGCAAGAGCCAGCUUGGCCAUCCUCAAAUCUACUGAAGGUCGGGACUUGCGCGCAGAGCAUCGGCGUCGCGUGAAUCUUGUGCGAAGUCGGCUGAAGGAGGCGGGUUUGCCUGUGGCUUACGUGUCAUCACACAUCAUUCCCAUUGCCGUAGGUGAUGCCAAGAUGUGUACCAGUAUCUCUGAGGGGCUGCUACGCAAUCAUCAAAUCUACCUACAGGCCAUAAACUAUCCUACGGUGGCCAAAGGUACUGAACGCCUACGCCUUGCUCCGUCCCCCUUCCACACGGACGCAAUGACGGACCAUCUAGUGGACUCUAUGGUGAAAGUUUGGCGAUCUCAUGGUCUUCCUCUCACCCACUAG